UGUAAGCGUUUUACUCAACCUUCUCGUUAGGUUAGCGGACUCUUUUCUGCCAGGCGGGUCCGAUGCCUGGGCGAUUCCUGCGCCUUCUUGUCCGCAUUGCCAACCUCGGAGCAACGACGUUGCAGCCGCUGCGAUUUCUUAUCGUGCGGACAAUGUCCGCUUUUGAAGAAUAACGCACGCAGCGCGUCCGAGGAACCCGCGCGCCGAGCAGCGCGCGUCUCCGGGCAUGAUGGAGCUGGUGCACUGCAUCAGCGAGCGUGUGUGAUGUAGAGGCGCCGCGUUGCUCCUGCAGGUCACCCUCUCACACACACGCAGCUGUGCUAUGGCAGGACAUCACAGCAGAGGGCCACCAGCUGGUGAUGAGACGCAGUGAAGCGGAUGCAACACGUUGCUGCGCGUCGCUCAGGUGCUCCAGGUGUCGUUCGGCUGGACACUAGGUUUAUUCAUGAGCUCAUCAAACCUGUGUUUUGUUUCCUGAAGUAAUAUCCCUAUGAAAAUGAGAGAGGAUGAAGACUAAACAAGGCUGUUAUGAUAUCUAACCCAGUGGGAUGACGGCUCCCUGUGCACCCUUCCUCCUGUCCCGUGUCCUGCCUGGCCUCUCCUCCUCCUCCUCCUCCUCCUCCUCCUCCUCCUCCACCCUGCCUGGCUCCAAGCUCGCCCCGAGCUCCUGACGCACCACGCCGCCCCUCCUCCGAGGCCCAUGCGGCGCUUCGUCUACUGCAAGGUGGUGCUCACCACCUCGCUCGUCUGGGUCCUGCUGGACGUCUUUCUGCUGCUCUACUUCAGCGAGUGCAACAAAUGUGACGACAGGAAAGAUGGCUCGCUCCUGCCUGCUCUCAGAGCUGUCAUGUCCCGUGCCCACGAGGGCCCGGGAGAGAUGGGCAAGGCCGUGCUCGUCCCCAAGGAGGACCAAGAGAAGAUGAAGGAGCUCUUUAAGAUCAACCAGUUCAACCUGAUGGCCAGCGACAUGAUUGCACUCAACAGGAGUCUGCCCGAUGUCAGGCUGGAUGGCUGUAAGACGAAGGUGUAUCCAGACGAGCUGCCCAACACCAGCAUCGUCAUCGUGUUCCACAACGAGGCGUGGAGCACCCUGCUGCGCACCGUCCACAGUGUGAUCAGCUGCUCACCCAGACACCUGCUGCUGGAGAUCCUCCUGGUGGACGACGCCAGUGAGAGAGACUUCCUGAAAAAGAAGCUGGAGGACUACGUGAAGACGUUGGAGGUACCAGUGCGGAUCCUGCGGAUGGAGCAGCGCUCUGGCCUGAUCCGGGCGAGGCUGAGGGGUGCUGCUGCCACCCAAGGUCAGGUCAUCACCUUCCUGGACGCCCACUGUGAGUGCACAACCGGCUGGCUCGAGCCACUCCUGGCCCGUAUCAAGGAGGAUAGGAAAGCUGUGGUCUGCCCCAUCAUCGAUGUCAUCAGCGACGAGACCUUCGAGUACAUGGCUGGCUCGGACAUGACCUACGGCGGCUUCAACUGGAAGCUGAACUUCAGGUGGUACCCAGUCCCUCAGCGGGAGAUGGACCGGCGCAAGGGUGACCGGACAUUGCCCGUCAGGACACCUACUAUGGCCGGCGGCCUGUUUUCUAUCUACCGAACCUAUUUUGAGGAGAUUGGCACCUACGACGCCGGCAUGGACAUAUGGGGAGGAGAGAACUUGGAAAUGUCUUUCAGGAUCUGGCAGUGUGGCGGCUCCCUGGAGAUCGUCACGUGUUCUCACGUGGGCCACGUGUUCCGGAAGGCGACGCCGUACAGCUUCCCCGGUGGAACGGGUCAGGUGAUCAACAAGAACAAUAGGCGAUUGGCCGAAGUCUGGAUGGACGAAUUCAAAGACUUCUUUUACAUCAUAUCCCCAGGCGUGGUACGAGUGGACUACGGAGACAUUGCGGCUCGCAAGGCCCUGAGAGAAGCUCUGCAGUGUAAACCUUUCUCCUGGUACCUGGAGAACAUCUACCCUGACUCGCAGAUACCGCGCAGAUACUACUCACUUGGAGAGAUCCGAAAUGUGGAGACCAACCAGUGCGUGGACAACAUGGGCAGGAAAGAGAAUGAGAAGGUGGGCUUCUUCAACUGCCAUGGCAUGGGUGGGAACCAGGUGUUCUCGUAUACGGCAGACAAGGAGAUCCGCACGGACGACCUGUGCCUGGACGUGUCACGCCUGAACGGACCCGUGCUCAUGCUCAAGUGUCAUCACAUGAAGGGUAACCAGAUGUUUGAGUACGACGCUGAGCGCCUGACCCUGCUGCACGUGAACAGUAACCAGUGUUUGGACAUGCCCUCGGAAGAAGACAAAAUGGUCCCCACGUUGAGGGACUGUACCGGCGGCCCAUCACAGCAGUGGCUCCUCAGAAACAUGACCUUAAGCAUCUGACCUUCACCCCUGUCAAAGCGGGCGGGCCUUCACACUGCCACCACUUGCAUCCGGCGUGUGUGUGUGUGUGUGUGUGUGUGUGUGUGUGUGUGUGUGUGUAAGUAACUCCAGAACUGAAUCUGCAUCCACCCAUGAAGAGUGUCCCAAAAGACACUCGAUAGCAUCUAACCAGCAUUUGAAUGCAAAGUUGGUGGAACUGAACUUGCAUCUCCAGCCAUGUCCUCCGAGGUUCUCGCGCCAUGCACUUUGCCCGCGGUCAUCAGGGCCUUUCCUACCGGAGCUCCUGCUUUGGUGACUGGCAAGUUAUUUGCUUCCUUCCACAUGUCACUCACAUGGCCGGGAGCGAGGGACCUGGAGCCAGAAGUCACAAGCUGUAAUGUUCAUUGUGGACGCUGUGGUUGCGCUCAGAGUCGCCUCCAUCUGGAGCUGUUCCAGAGACUUCUGAUCAUCGCGCUACUGCUUGGAUGCUUUCUGGGCCUGGAGGGUCUUGCCUCUGUAAUUUCAUGCUGGCAACUCUAAACUAUGCUACCCACAAUACAAUCCUGUUUGGAACUUUCACAAGAAUUUUACCAGUGAUUGUCAUUUAGCUUACUUAUCAUUUUCUAUUCUGUACUGUAGUGAUAAUUUUGCACCUGUAGACAGCUGUAAUUCCAGUUGGUCAUAAUAAGGAAGUGAUAAAAAGAGAAUCAACAAAAUACAGGAAUAUUUUUUAUUGAGCGUGAGUAAUAUUCUAUAACAUACCUCUAGAUGAGGCGUUCUAAAAAGUUCUGUCAUUUGCAGAGGCCAAUGUGUCGUACGUGUAGAAGGAGGAAAAGGUUCCACCCAUCUCCUCUCUAAGAGCAUUUUUAUGCACAGUAAUACUUCCGUUUCACCACAGCUAACGUUAAAAGUCCUGUAGCUAAAAAAAAAAACCAUGUCAACCUGUAGCUGCUUCCUUAUGUCAGGCUGUUUUAAUCACAGUAAGCAAAACCCAGUUAACACACCAAGAUCUGAUGCUUUGAUUAGCUUGUUAUGUGAACAGUCUCUCUCUUCAAAGACUGGCUGUGCAGAGGCUGUCACACUCUGGAUUGAGAGGGGGUAGUGAUUAUGGGUGAGGAAACCCUGCAACAAGGGAGGGUUAGUGCAAGCCGUGACGCACUGCGAACAUGUAGGACUCCGCGCAGGAGAAGGUUACCAGGCUUUUUAGCCUGGGAGUAGUUCAAAUUGGUCACAUGACAGCAUGGCAUUGAAAACUUUUCACCCAUUUCACUGAAUCUUGGCUUUGCUGUGCACGUCAACAGCCAAUUGUUGCUGUAACACCGAUUUUUACAGGAAAUUGGGAUCACAUUGUGCAUGCGCCCACGGAUGUUUCUUGCUGAAGGAACCUUAAGGAAACUCAAAUCCAGUGCAUUGGAAGCUGUAAAGGAAUGAUGCGUAUCAACAGGUCACUACUUGCUUUUAUGCAUUCCCAUUUGUUGUGCAUGAGAACACUAAAACUCCCUUGAUACAGUGGUGUGCAGAUGCAGGCCUCCAGCAGGUGAAGGUUGUGGGCAUUGAGCCUUUUACAUCACUGGCUCGACAUUAUUUGGCUGACUUAACAAAAAUUCAAGAACAGUCACACUAUUUUAAACAUUUAAUUAACUAUUAAAAGUAAAACAUUUCUAUUAUUCAUAGAUUUUAGACUGUGGCUUUUAGAAUAACAGAAACUAGCUAAAGCCUACUUAUUUAAAAAUAAUACUUAGAUUAUGACAUUGCUUUUAUAAAGAAUGUUCUGUUUUAGCAUUUGAUUUUGGCUGUCAAAUGAAUUGUUUUGUUUAUAUGUAUGUAUGUAUGUAUGUAUGUAUGUAUGUAUGUAUGUUGUUCAUAGCAUAUGAUACUGAAAUUAUUAAUGUAGUUUUCAAGCACUGUCAUUACACUGAUGCCACUAAAUUUAAAUAUAAAUUAGAAUAUUUAAUUUAAUUCUUUGUCUUCUGUUUUCAUCAUUGUUACUCAUAUAGAAAAGAUGUUCUGUUGUAAAUAAUAAAUGAGCAUUGUUGUAUAUAUGAAAUCAAUUAUUUUUUUAAGACAUCACUUGAAAGCCCCACUGAAGUCUCUGAAGUAGAAUUCCUUAUCGGAGUGUAUUGGAAACUUUAUCAUUUAUGGAUAUGCAGUAACUGGAGAAACUCUGGAUGUUUAUGGGCUUUUCUCAGUCCUGUUUAGUACCUUACAGAUGGUUCUAAUUUUCUAUGUUCAAAUCGGCACAGAUUAAUUGGAAUG